AUGUGCGACCCGUUGCUUUGGUCAUUGACCUUCCGGCAGUGCCAGCUGGAGUCAUUACUGCCUGUGGCAGGCUUGCUGCACCACCUGGACGGCUUGAUUGGCCUCGGAAUUCACGGGAUAGAUGGGCUAACCCUGGCUGGGGUCGAGCGCGUGCUGGCCGAUGCAAGGUGCCUAUGCACGCUCACUAUCCGCCACUGUCGCCUAGCACGACUGCCUCGCCUUCAAAGUGGAUCGAUCGAGGUCUUAGACAUAAGCAACAAUGCCAUCGAAAGCGCCGCAGGCCUAGAGACCCUGUUUCGCCUCAAAGAGUUGAAUCUGGCAGGUAACCGCAUACGCACGCUAUCGGGUUUACGACCGUUAGUGCCACUGGGGACUGGCCGCCUACGGGAGCUGAACUUGGACAGCAAUCCUGUGCAAAAUACUCCAAGGUAUAGGGAGUCGGUCUUGGCGGUCUUCCCAUCUAUCCAACUUCUCGACGGGAUCGCAAAAAGCCAAAAGUGGCGGAUGCGAACGGCAACAAAGACAAACACGGUGGGGGAGGAAGGUCACGACAGGAGAGCGUGCAGUACACCACCGAGAGUCAGGAAUGCCUUCUCCGAAGGAUAUUUCAGCGAUGGUGCGACUUGGAACUCAAGGAGGGCAGGGCUGGCGGAGUAUUCGACGUGCGGCUCGGAAACCCACACUAGCCAAGGCUAA